GCUGCGAUACAGCUCCUCCCUCUUGUGUGUGUCUUUCCUCACUAAACAUCCUUGGACGUGGACAGUUUCACUGAAGAGCACUUUCCUCUCUGAAAUAACCGGAGCGUGAAUCCAAGCGACAGUUUUUUUUGUUUUUCGUUUCUGACAGAAAGGUGUCGCAGAAGGACUCCAACGGGCAAUCAUCCCCCAAAUCUCUGUCAGCGAUGGAGACUUGGACUGGCUUCUGCCCAGGCUUCCACUUAUCUCUGGGUGUGUGGCUGUUGAUCGCCGCUAACACCUUCCAAAGCACCAAGGCGGAGAUACGUUGUGCAUCUUGCCCGUCACCAGUUCAACUUCACUCGGGUGAACUGCGCGCGAAAGCCACAGACGACCCAAGCGUCCUUAAAAACAUCCGAGUGGAGUUUAGGGAAGUCGGGAUGGUUCACCAAAAUGCUCGAAUGAACAGCAGCCGGAAGAUUGUGCAUGAGUUUAAGAAGAAGUCCACUGUGAAAAGUGGGGCUAAAGGAGAGUCUGUGUUUGCGCAUCAGAGAGCGAAGAGAAGCGGCUCUGAUUUUGCAGAGUUUACACUGGCCGGCCAACCAGGCCGAAAUUCGGGCACCUCUGUGGAUGAGCUCAGGUCUUCUGGACAGUUCAGAAGGAACAGGGACGACUGGAGAGGAAAUAACCGACAGGAUGAGCCAAAACUCACCAGCAGCACUUUCGCUUUGACUGGGGACUCUGCGCACAACCACGCUGUGGUCUACUGGUCUGGACUAAACAGCAGCGUUAUCCUGAUUCUCACCAAGCUGUAUGACUUUCACAUUGGCAGCGUCACUGAGAGCACUCUUUGGAGGUCUACUGACUACGGCUCUACGUAUGAGAGAAUGAAUGACAAAGUUGGAUCGAAGACUGUUCUGAGUUACCUUUAUGUCUGUCCGACCAACAAGAGAAAGAUUAUGGUACUGACUGAUCCAGAGUUUGAGAGCAGCGUGCUAAUCAGCACUGAUGAAGGAGCCAGUUUCCAGAAGUACCGCCUCACUUUCUACAUUCUGAGCCUUCUGUUCCACCCCACUGAAGAGGACUGGGCCUUAGCCUACAGUCACGACCAGAAGCUGUACAGCUCAUUAGACUUUGGGAGAAAAUGGCAGCUUGUCCAUGAACACGUCACCCCGACAAGAUUCUACUGGUCUGUGUCGGGUCUAGACAAGGAGCCAGAUCUUGUUCACAUGGAAGCCCACACCCCAGAUGGAAGUGUGCAGUAUGUCACAUGCAGAGUGCAGAUUUGCACAGAAGCCAAUAGGAACUAUCCCUUUUCAGGAUACAUUGACAUCAGCUCAUUGGUGGUUCAGGAUGACUACAUCUUCAUACAGGUGCCCACAUCAGGAAGAGCCACAUAUUAUGUUUCCUACAAGAGAGAUGUAUUCAUCCAAAUCAAACUUCCAAAGUAUUCCCUGCCAAAGGAUUUACACAUUGUCAGCACGGAUGAGAAGCAGGUAUUUGCAGCAGUGCAGGAGUGGAACCAGAAUGACACCUAUAACCUCUACCUGUCUGACACGAGCGGGAUCUACUUCACCUUGGCCAUGGAAAAUGUUAAGACCACACGGGGCAUAGGAGGAAACCAGAUGCUGGAUUUGUAUGAGGUGGCAGGCAUUAGAGGCAUGUUGAUUGCCAACAAACGGCAAGACAACCAAGUGAAGACCUUUAUCACCUACAACAAAGGCAGAGAUUGGAGGCUCCUGCAAGCUCCCACUACUGACCUGGAUGGAAAUGAAAUCCAUUGCAUUCUGCCUUUUUGUUCACUCCAUCUCCAACUACAAACUUCAGAGAACCCCUACUUAUCAGGCGCAAUCUCCACCAAAAGCUCUGCACCGGGGAUCAUUGUUGCUACAGGGAAUAUUGGAGCUGAGUUGUCCUACAACAAUGUUGGCAUGUAUAUAUCAUCUGAUGCUGGAAACAGCUGGAGACAGAUUUUUGAAGAGGAGCAUAAUGUUUGGUUUCUGGACAAAGGAGGAGCCCUUGUUGCUGUGAAACAACCAUCUGUGCCAACUAAACACUUAUGGGUCAGCUUUGACGAAGGGAGGCAAUGGACCCAACACAGCUUUUCAUCUGUGCCUCUGUUUGUGGACGGCGUUUUGGUGGAAGCUGGGGCAGAGAACCAGAUUAUGACCUUUUUUGGACACUUUAGUCACCGCUCUGAAUGGCAGCUCAUAAAGAUAGACUAUAAGUCCGUCUUCAGUAGGAAAUGCACUGAGGAGGAUUAUCAAACUUGGCACUUGCACAAUCAGGGUGAGCCAUGUGUUAUGGGACAAAAACAGAUUUACAUCAAACGCAGACCAGGGAACUACUGCAUGCUGGGUAAAGAUUAUUCUGGAAUCCUCUCUGCAGAGUCUUGCAUUUGCCGAGCCCAUGAUUUUGAAUGUGACUAUGGGUACGAGCGGCGAAGCAAUGGGAACUGCAGGCCCGCCUUCUGGUUCAGUCCCUCCUCCAUCACCAAAAGCUGCCGUCUGAGUCAAAGCUAUCUCAACAGCACAGGAUACCGUAAAGUGGUGUUAAAUAAUUGCACCAAAGGAGUAAAAGAACUGUACACAGCUAGAAAGCAACAGUGCCCAAAGAGACCUCCGAAGGGACUUCUGCUGACCACCAAAGAUGAUAAACUGGCUGCCAACCUGGGCACUAAUGUCACCUUCCUGGUUCAUCUGGAUGAGGGUGAUUCUAUACAAACCAACAUCCAACUAGACUUUGGUGAUGGCAUAGCUGUGUCCUAUUCCAACCUCAGUUGGGCCGAAGAGGGGAUCAAACACGUAUACAAGUCUGCCGGAAUAUUUCGUGUCACAGCCCUGGCAGAAAACUCCCUCGGUUAUGACGCAACAACACUUUAUCUGCAUAUCACUUGUCCUGUGGAAAAUGUGCAGCUUCUUGCCCCCUUUGUGGUCGUAAGAAACAAGGAAGUCAACAUCUCAGCAGUUGUCUUACCCAAUCACCCACGCACAGUCACCUUCUUCUGGUGGCUUGGCAACAACACUGAGCCAGUGGUCUCAUUGGAUGGGAGUGUCGCAUACACCUUUCCCAAUGAGGGAAUGUAUCCUGUCACAAUUCAAGUGGCAGCAGCAAACAUCAUCUUUCAAGAUACCAAAACCAUAGCGGUCAGAGAAUUCUUCAAAUCUCUACUUUUAUCAUUCUCACCAAAUCUGGACGAGUUCAACCCUGAUUUACCUGAGUGGAGGCUGGAUGUGGGGAGAGUAAUUAAGAAGGCCGUUCUCCAAGUGGCUGAGUUCCCAGAAGAACAAGUUUUGGUAGCUGUGUUUCCUGGACUUCCAACUGCUGCUGAACUAUUCCUGUUACCGCACAAGAACCAGUCACAGGACAAGAAAAAGAGUGAGCAGGAGAUAGAACGGAUAUCUACCAUAAUUGUAAAUGCACUGAAUCAAAAUCUGGUGGAGUUUGAGCUGAAGCCUGGCGUAAGGGUGAUCGUAUACAACACACAGCUAACACUGGCCCCCUUGGUGGACUCUAACCCGCGACACAGUAGCUCAGCUAUGCUGAUGCUCUUAUCAGUGGUGUUCCUUGGCCUGGCAGUGUUUCUCAUCUACAAAUUCAAGAGAAAAAUACCUUGGAUAAACAUAUAUGCAGAGGUGAACCAAGAGAAAGAGCAGGAGAUGAUUAGCUCAGUGGGCCAAGGUGACGGCACACCGAAAAUAACACUGAGUGAGUUCUCCUCGUCUAAAGAACUCAUGGAGAAAGAGCUGGAUGCAAGAGUCAAAAGGGGAGCCGCACAUGCCGGUGAGAGCACAAGGGAGAUUCCGAACUGUACGAGUGUGUAAAGCGUUCAGCAUUCUCGUGUCGGGGGGGGGGGUCUCUCCUUCAGUUGUGUAAUUCUCAACACGACUGCUGUUAAUAGUUUUCUAAGGGACCUCAUUUUUACAGCCUAGCAUGGAUGUUUUGUUCCACAACAUCCAUGCCGCAAACCAAUGUAUUCCAUGAGAUUAUUGUAAAUACUGACAAAAACUAGUCAAUUUUGUGGGUGUUUCAGCUACGUAACAGUUGUCAGGUUGGAAAACACUUUGCUUUAGAAACCAUUUCUGUUUUUUAAACAGGAAAUAUUGCUGAAAAUAUACAGCGCUAGCACGUGUCCUGUAUAUAUUGUAGCUUUCUAAAAGCUCAUACUCUUCAGUAACAUAGCAAAGAAAGGUCAAUGGUCUGUUGUGUUAAAAAAAAAAGAAAAAAAAAUCAAAACCCUUAAGAAAUCGGAAUUGUUGUCAUAGGGUCGUUGACUGGUGCAUGUUCCGAAUGAGGAUUCAAUUUCUGUGUUGUAGAUAAGGAACUAUUGUAAAUAGUUAUUUUCAUAGUCAUUCCAAAAGUCACACUGGCCUAUUUCAAGACUCAUCAUCCGCAGCGGGUU